AUGUAUAAGGGGGGGGGGGGGGGGGGGGGGGGGGUUCCAUUGAGCUCGGGGCCAGUGGUUGUGCAGCCCGAACUGGGUCAAACUACCCCCCCCCCCUCCCCCACCCCCUCUGCCCUGCCGCACCCUAUCGGUGCAGCCGCCCCGGCGCCCCGCGUGUCCGUCGCCAACGACGCCGGAUCGAACCCAGAGACCGUCCCUCGCGGGGAGGAUGUAGCGCCGGGGAUGCGCAAGCGAGAGACAAAGAUUGGAAAAACAAAUUAUUUAAUGGACAUGGACGGGUUGAAA